GCUUCCUAAUCUCACGGAGCUCACCUUCCCUUUCUCUCACUGACCCCAAUCAUCUGGUCAUCCAUUUUCCUCGACUUCCCAUCCCAGACCAGAAAACAAUUCCAAAUUGAAUAGAAGUCUCCGCCGCCACGUCAGCCGAUCCUCUCGCGAGUUCCCCUUUCUUCUCCGUCGCGGCCGCAACCCUUAAUUUCACCUCCAUCUACGCGUAGUCCUACUCUAAUUCAGUCAGUCAUAUUCACUCGAUUUUCCUGUUAGCUGUGCACUUGGACUCAAUAUUUUCAAUGGAGGAAGCUGGAGGAAUUGAAACCGUCCCGCCGCUGGUGAAGUUCAGAGCUGACUUCUCCAGAAUCUUCCAGCACUAUCUGGAUAGAUCAGCGCCUCUGCCGCUGCAGAGGUGGCUUGGGACGCUGGUUGUGGCGCUGAUAUACGUCUGGCGGAUUUACUCUGUCCAGGGGUUCUACGUCGUCUCGUACGGGCUUGGGAUCUAUGUCCUGAAUCUCUUGAUCGGGUUUCUUUCGCCGAAAGUUGAUCCCGAGGUUGAAGCUCUUGAAUCUCUUGAUGGAGCUUUGCCGACUAAAACUUCAGAUGAAUUCAGGCCGUUUGUUCGCCGGCUUCCUGAAUUCAAGUUCUGGGUACGCCAUCACCAAGGCUUUUAUAAUUGCUUUCAUCAUGACACUGUUCUCUGUGCUGGAUGUGCCCGUUUUCUGGCCAAUACUCUUGAUUUAUUGGGUAGUUCUCUUUGUUCUCACUAUGAAGAGACAAAUUCUGCAUAUGAUCAAGUACAAGUAUGUACCUUUCGACUUGGGAAAGAAGAAGUACAAGGGGAGCAAGCGUUCUGAAGGAAGUAGUAGUAGCAAGUCGCGAGACUGAACUACAUGAAGAGCUGAUGCUUCCUUGAAACUGGCUGUGUUUUGCUCAACUGAGAAACUUGGAGUUUUCUAUCUGCUUGUAGGUUGAAGGGUGUUGGCAUGUCUUGAAGAUGGUUGCUAUCGGCAAGAAACGUCUUGAUACUCCCCACUCUGCUUACCAGAAAGUGUGGUUGUUAGCUUUUAGAAUUGUUUUUUGUGCUCGUAGUUCAAACAAGAGUCGAUCCUUGUUGGGUGCUUUAUUGUAUUAAAAUUCAUCAACUAACUUGUCUGAAAGGUUGUCUUUGUUUUUUCGGGAUACAAGGGGUUUAUUGGGGUGUGUUUUAAAAGCGAAAUGGGUAGCAAAGUUACAGAAGAGUGUGAAAGCUACUGAAGUAUUUAGGGUUCCUUGGUCAAUUGUAUCCGUAUCGUCUUUUACACCGAAUCUACUGUAUCAUUACACCGAAUCUACUGUAUCAUUUAUUUAUAGUGGAAAAGUAAAACUGCAUGGCUAAGUUGUAAGUUUGGU